AUGGAUCGCAACUCUGGAGGACAAGUCUUAGGAGGAGCCGCUGAGGGAGCUCAGGUGGGGGUGGGGAUGGGCUCAGCCUGGAGAAAAAGAAGUCCCGAGGUGACCUGCCUGAGCGGAGCUUCGAGCCAGGUGCGGGUCGACCUCUUCUCCCGGGAAACUGGAUGUGAGGAUGUGGCCUUAAGCUGCUUUGAGGGGGGUUCAGGAGCUAUGCGUUUUCAUUCCCGGUGCCUGCAGGUCUCCCCACCCUGGGUACCGCGCCUCGUUACCCGCGGAGCGAGAGCCGGGCCCCCAUCCCCGGCCCCGGGGCUGCCCCUCACGGCCCGCCCGCCGCUCACCGCCCCGCCGGCCGCUCGCAGCCAAUGGCAGCUCACGACACAAACGCGCCGGCGUGUGUCCGGGGCGCGGAUUGGCUGUUCCAGUUUGCGCGGGCGCGGCGCGGCAGCGGGGCGGUGCCGGGGCCGUGAGGGAGAGGCCGCCAUGCUGCGGGAGCUGCGGCGGCGCUGGCGCUCCUACAAGUACCGCUUCGUGCCCUGGCUCGCCCUCAACCUCCGCCGCCAGCGCAGGACCCUUCGAUAUGUUCCUGAAAGCUCUCAAGACAAAAUUAUUGCUGAUGAAGACGUCUUUGAAACACUACUGAAAACAUUUAAAGCUCUGUUCAUUAAUGACUUAAGUAGACAAGCAGAUAUUCUGGCCUUACUUCCAGAAGUCAAGUGUCAAUAUUUAGAAUUACUUUCUGUGGAGCAGAAGCAAUCAGAAGUAAACUCUUGUAACCAUCAGGGUCAGCAUGUGUUUAGUCCUGAGGACGUUCUGUUCAACACGCUUGGGUUCACUGUUAGCAGAGACCGGAGUUCGCUGGUGUCUGCUGGAACUGGAGUCUUUGUUACGAGAGGUUUUGUUCCCAGGGGGACGGUUGUGUCUAUGUAUCCUGGUACAGUAUACAGAAAGCAUGAGCCCAUCUUUUUCCAGUCCCUUGGCAAUCCCUUUAUUUUUAGGUGCAUUGAUGGUGUUCUUAUUGAUGGGAACGAUAAGGGACUGUCAAGAUCAGUGUACAGGUCUUGCAGCAGAAGAGAUCAACUUGGCCCUUUUCAAAUGAGUGAUGAGAGCUGGCUCACAGCCACCCUGCAAAACCCACUGGCAGUGGGACAGUACGUCAACAACUGCUCACAUGAAAAAGCAGCAAACGUGUGUUAUCAAGAGUUUGACGUGCCAGGACAUUUUCCAGUAGAACUGAAACAGUAUCUUCCAAACAUCGUCUACAGCCAUGACAUAGAGAGCCACUUGAGAUGUGUAGUUCUUGUCACUCUCAGAGACAUCAAGCAAGGAGAAGAACUUUUUUCAAAUUACUACACUGUUGUCAGCUGAAUUAAUAGAUUCAAAACUGAAGAAAUCUCUGUCAAUAAAAUAUGUAUGGUGCCUGUA